AUUACAUUAUUAUCUGAGUCAGUAUCGAUUCUCCCACCGAUAAACCGAAUCGCAAAAAUCGCAGCCCCCCACUAUCAGCCAGCAGCCCACCUGUUACCCUCCUGCAUUACAUAAGCAGCGCCGGAGCCGCGCGAGCCUCACUGCAGCAGAGUGCAGGCACGAGCCGCUGCUGACGCUGAUGAUUUAAUCCGGAUUAGAAAGUGCCGAUGCAGCUCUAACACGCCGCGCGAGGACAGAGUGCGGGAGAUACUGGACCGGUACCGGGCGGGUUCUGCAGCUGCGCGUUUGCAAGUGGUUCUGGUGUUUGGGCUGGUUUUGCUUCAGCGUGCGCGAGCAGCAGCAGAAGCAGCAGCGCGUGCUCCGUGCUGCACUCUCUGCAGUACGGACAGGCUUCACCAGCUGCGAAGAGCUUCUGGGGCAGCACUGGAAACCAGCUGCAUCCCCCCAACACCCAUCCCUUAUCCCCCCAUCUCCUCUCCUCUACGCUCCUCUCCUCACAGGGGAAUCCUCCGUCCUCUCACUGUCCUGGAUGAUAAUAACUGCAGUGAUGAAGAUGAGUAGGGAAUAGGACAUGAGCUUUUAUGGGGGUCCCUGCUGGACUCCUGCCCACCUAUGAUGAACAAAUCCCGCCGUACUCCUGGAUUACAUGAAGAAGAUGACCAAUAAAGCUGUGAGACCCAGGCCUACGGUCACCACAGCCCAUUAUCAGCCUGACUGUAGCUUUAGAUGCAGCACAUGGAGACGCAGCCCUGACCUGGGUCAGCUCUAAAACCUGCAGUCAUGGAGGACAGUGAGCUCAUUUUCUCCCUGGACCAUGACGAGGAGGGUCCCACCGUCUCCUUCUCCAAGGAGAGACCUCGCAGCCGAGGGGACGGCCGGCCAGCUCUUCGCUCCUCUGCCUUCAACUUCCCCAUCUCCUCCUCCACCCCCAGCUCUCUGGGCGAGCUGUCGGCCUCCGCCCCCGGCACCAUCGUCCACGGUCCUUCUACAUCUAGCAGCAUCAUCAAGUCCUCGUCAUCUUCCUCUGAUAUGGAGUCAAAAGAGACCGCCUCGCUAAGGCCCAAGCCCCUGCUCAGCAUUGUAAAGUCCCUCUCCACUGAGAUAACCCGCCGGGAACCCGAGGUCUACCUCACCAGGUCGGAUUCCAAGCUCCACCUGCAGCCCUGGAAGCAGGCACCAAAACUCCGGGAUGAGUACGAGGGAGAACCCGGCGGGCUUCUGCUGGCGGAGCUGGAGGACACUCGCCGCAAGUUUUCCGAGGCCAUGCAGGAGCCACUCAGCCGCCUCAGCAAGAUCAUGGGCGAAGAGGGAGGCGGCAGCCCCAAGACUCAGAGCAUCAGGGCAUCAGCUGGGGAUUCACCUGCUGGAGGAGGGUCCCCUGCAUCUGCUCGGGUUGAGGACAGCAGGUCCGCGCAGGCCGUGUGCGAGACUCCGUUGAGGAAGCCGAGGAAAGGUCCUUUUCUGGGCCAUUCGUCUGAACUGUGCAGCAGAUUGGGCAGUGAAGGCAGCCGUUACGAGAUCCGCACCUACGGUGAUGUCAUGCAGGUGUUGGAGAUCAAAGGACGCUCAGGACCAGGGUUUAAAGACCUGCGGUUGAGGGAUGUCAAACCAACGUCUUCAAACCCAGGAAGAUGGCUGGUGUGUGUAAGUCUGCUGGCCUACGGCUUCUUUGUGCUUCCGUUGUCAUCUUACCUGACUGGACUACUGCUGGGAAUGGCCUGCGGUUUCAUGAUGGGGUUAGCAGUGGUGCUAAUGCUGGCACUGCGGCGACCAUCCAUCGCCCACAAGAAGCCAGCCACCUCCCCUGACGACAGCCUGCCGACAGACUCCUUCAGCAGGGCACAGAGAGAGCCAGGAACGUUGCAGGGCUGGAUGAAUGAGAUGCACUCCUAUGAUCCGGAAACCUUCCAGCCCUCAAUGUGCCACUCUGUCUACGCCACCCUGGAGGGCUGCCACCUGCGCCUGGCGUACCCGCGCUCCAACGCCCCGCGCCGGGCCAGCGCACACGAACCCGCCUAUGACACCACGUUUGUGCGGUCGCGCUGUUUCCGGCUCAACAACAGCAAGGUGUCUCUUCUGCCAGCGGUUUUGGCGAAAAAGAGGGUGUGGAAUAGGAAGUAUCCUAUCUGCAUCAUGCUGGCUGAGGAAGAAGAGGGUGAAGAGCGAGGAGAGGAGGAGCGGUGGAGUGAGGCGAUGGAGGGAGAAGCAGAAGAAGAGAGUGAGAAAACAGAGAAACCCCUGCAGAUGGAGAAGGAGGCAGGAGCGACCACCACGCUCUACCUGUUUGGGCGAACAGGAAGAGAGAAGGAGGAGUGGUACCAGCACUUCCUGUUAGCUUCAAAGACUGAGCCACACAUCAGCGGCGAAGAGUCAAAGACAGAGGUGUGCAGUGCUAAAGGCUCCAGUCGGGGCAGUACUGAUGACCUGGCCUCCAUGCUGGGUCUGAGGGAGCUGGCCGGUUCAGUCCGAGAGAAGAUCCUGCUGGACUACAGCUCCUACAUGGCUCGCUUCGUCAUGUCCGAGAGCUGCAGCCUGACUCCCAGUCCCACCCACAGCGAACCAGGCAGCCCCACUGACACUCGCAAGUUGUCCUGUGAUCCGAUAUCAGGGCAGGGAGAGAGCCGGCCAGCCUGGAUCAACGCUCUGAUCGGAAGGAUCUUCUGGGACUUCCUGCGGGAGAAGUACUGGGCUGACCAGGUGGCCCACAAGAUCCAGAAGAAGCUGACCAAGAUCAGGUUGCCGUACUUCAUGAACGAGCUGACGCUGGCUGAGCUGGACAUGGGCACCUGCAUGCCGCAAGUGCUGAGCACCUCCAAACCUUCAGUGGAUCAGAGAGGCCUGUGGCUGGAGCUGGAGGUGGUCUACACCGGCUCUCUGCAGAUGACUCUGGAGACGAAGAUGAAUCUGAGGAAGCUGGGCAGAGAGAGCGUGUCUGAGGCAGAGAACAUCACAGAGAGCAGUGGAGUGUUGGGUCUAACCGCGAGUCAGAUGACACAACUGUCCAGCAGAACGAGCUCCAGGCCUAGGCUCUGUAUCAUAGCAGACAGUGAUGAAGAGUCGUCUAGUGCAGGCUCGUCUGAUGAAGAGGAUCCGAUGCCAUGUGAGCCGCAGGGCAGUCUCGGGGACAAGAGCACGCCCCCUGGGGCUGAUGGGCACAGCAGUGGAAGCACCAGCAGGAAAAUUCUGCGCUUUGUGGACAAGAUAGCCAAGUCCAAGUACUUCCAGAAAGCCACAGAGAACGAGUACAUCAAGAAGAAGAUUGCAGAGGUGUCCAACACCCCCCUGCUGCUCACUGUGGAGGUGCUGGAACUCUCUGGAACUCUAGCUGUCAACAUUCCACCUCCCCCUACUGACCGAAUAUGGUAUAGUUUCCGUUUGCCCCCAAGGCUGGAUCUUCGAGUGAAGCCCAUGCUGGGCGAGAGGGAGGUCACUUUUUCUCAUGUCACUGAGUGGAUAGAGAAUAAACUUCAGUGCGAGUUUCAGAAAGUCUUCGUGAUGCCCAACAUGGACGACCUCUACCUGCCACUCAUGUCCUCUGGGAUGGACAAUCCUACAGACUCCCAGCAUUCCUCAGAAGAAAGUCAGGAGCGGCUGGAGUGCGAAGGUUUGGAGUGUAAGACAGGCACUCAGAGGAGCACAGAGGAAUGAACGGAGCAUGCAUUCCUCUCCUGAAUGAGGCACAUGUGGGUAUAGGCGCUACAGAGCUGGCAGAGGGACCAGGAGACAUUGGUGGUGCUGCAGCUCUGCAUACACUGGAGACAAAGCUGGAAAUGAAAAAUGGUUAAUGGACUUCUAAUAAAGUGCCCAGAUAUCUGUAUGCUUAGUCCAUGGCUUCCAGUGAUCUGAAAGAAGGAAAACCAUUAAAAAUGGGACCCAUGUGGGUUUUAAGGUGGUCUGUAACGAUGGUAAAGCCCCUUUGCUAAGCCAGGUUGGGUCCCAAUAACAACAACACAUAGAGUACAAACCCACUCAGAGCUCAUCUGUGCCCACUAGGAACCCACCUAGCUCACAUUCUACUUACAGAAACCCCACAUAAGCUUAUACUGUAUAUAUUUAGCAGGAAAUGUCUUCUGAAAACACAGACGUAAGGUCAGUAUUCAGUAAUUAGCAGAUACAGAUUUCGUAUCACGAGCUCAUCUUCAGAAGCAAUUCAGAACCAAAAAAAAAAAACCUGCUUUAGAAGGAAAAAAACUCUGCUAAUUUUCAAAGAGACCAUAUUACUGUAGCCUUUAUUCUGACCGACAUAUGAACAUUUUAUGAAGGAUGAGUUUGAAGCAGUUUUGCAUGUCUCUGCCAAUAAAGACUGACUGGAAACAACUGUC